GGUCACAAGUGUUACAAUGGAAAUAACUCUAGGAUGUUGUACCUCAGAGGAAAGAGUGGAUUUCAUUGAAUUUCAAAAAUUAGGAACAAUAGCAGCAAUAAAAGUUUUAUCGCUGAGAUUACAUAGAAAAUAUCUUGCGAAAAUUCUUUCUUCCGUCAGUGAUGAAUUGAAUUUAAUGAAAGAAAUGAAAUAUAAAAAAAUUAUGAAAAAAUACGUGAGUCGUGGAAAUUUUGUAUUUUAUGCUCAAUCAAUUUCCACGGCUACAAUUAUUUCAUUAGAAAUUUUGUCAAGUUUGGCAUUCUCGGGUGAAAUGGAAAAUAAUAAUUCUUUGUCAAAUGACAGUAGUACAAAUAAAAUUAUUAUUGAACGAGGAUUUCCUGUACGUACCAAGUGUCUUUUUAUGAAUGUUUCGACAAGUUCAUAUUUGACAAUUAGUUUUGUGCAAAGCAUUCAAUUGAUUUCAACAGCAUUUGGAAAUGUUGGAAUGGAUAUUUUUUUCUUUAAUUUAUCAAUGCUUGUCUGUGGACAAUUAGAAAUUUUAUAUGAAGAAAUUUCUCAAUUUGAAGGUACAAUUGAUGUUAAAGAGACAAAAUUGAAAAUUAUUGAAUUAAUAAAAAGACAUCAACUUUUAUGGGAAGAGGCACAAUUUUUGGAAAAGACAUUUAAUUUGAUGAUUUUAAUGCAACUUGUUGUUAAUAUUACUGGAAUUUGUUCGUAUGGAAUUCAAUGCCUGGCAAAUAUGCAAAUCUACGGAUUAUUAGGUGGAAUUAAAUCAAUUUUUGCUUCCGAACUUUUAAUGGUCCAAUUAUUUUUAUAUUCAUUUGCGGGAGAAAAUUUAUCUUCAAGAAUAAUGAAAUUAUCAUUUGCAAUAUAUCAAAUAUCAUGGUAUAAUUUGCCAAAAAAAUUAUCCCAAGAUUUAUAUUUUAUUUUAAUGAUUACGGAAAAACCAUUUACUUUAACAGCAGGAAAAAUGUUCCCAAUGAAUAUGAAAACAUUUUCAAGCAUAUUAAAAGCGACAUUUUCAUUUUUCUCUCUUCUCAGAUUAAUGUAUCAUGUUUAA